AUGGACGGGUAUGGAGAUUUAUAUACGGACGGACACGGCUAUAUGUCUGUGGACACACACAGCAGUCUGUACCUGAACGUGUCUAGUGAGGCAGAUGUGUAUGCAGACAGCGUGUAUGGUCCAGGAGAUGAAACGUACACCGAUCAAUCGAAAUCAUACUCCAACCACUUUCGAAAAAGAAUUUUGGGCACCGAUGCGUCGUCCAAAGAGGAUUAUACUAAAUACGACAGACCUGUCAUUUCCACUCCCGGAAGUGGAGAUGGCCGCAGUCUUAAUGCAAGUCCAGACAACAAUUUCUGGUCAGCUCUACUGAGAACCUCACAGAUCAACAUCCAGCGAAGAGAUAUCAACAACAAUACGAAAAAGCACGUUAGAAAAAGAGUCAAAGAUCGGACUAAGAUCAUCAUACCGUGUGGGGAACAGUUGCAGAACUAUACCAGUAAACCAAAGUUUAACUACGAAUUACCGCCCUUGAAAGGUGUCCCUAGUUGCGAUAGAGGCGCACAACGCUGUAACUUAAAGGUUAACGAGAUCAUGGUUGGUACUUACUGUUCCAAUAUCAGUACCCCAAAAGAAAAUUUGAAUCUAGAAUCGAGGUUGACGUAUUUGGAUAAAGUUGAACACCGUUCAGGUUUCAGAUCUUCAGCAAAGAAAACUAAACAGAAUAACACGUCCGUAAAACUGCCGAAACUUAUUCAAAAUGACAAAAAAUGCGAGGAUUAUGAUCAGGAAAGCGAGAAAAGUCUUUUUAAACUUCCAUCGAUUGUCGGUACUACAUGUUUAUUGGAUGCAGCAACGCAGCAAUGCUCUCCUGAUACCAUACAUCCGGAAGUGUCGGAAGACAGUGGUGCCGCUUCGUGUUCUCUUGGCAAUGUAAAACUACCAGCUAUCUUUCAAAACCCAACAAAGGAGAAUGAAAUGAAGUGGAAGAACAAGUUCAGAGGAUAA